AUGCCACCCGCCACGUCAUCGCAGCCUCCCAUCCUCAUCGAGCAGCCGCUUCUGAAUAGUAUACCACCGGAGCUGGCAGCCCGCUUCGAUCCUACCUUUUUGGAGUACUGGAACAAGUACAAUGUUGGACGUCUAGUCACGCACCAGGUGCCCAUUGAGGAAUACCGGCGAGAUCCACAGAAAUACACCAUUGCGUACGGGCGAGAGAUUGUGGAUACUGGCGAUUUGAUCAUCACCGAGGAGAAGUGCCCUGUGGAUGGCGGAGAGAUCACGGUCCGGAUCUUUCAACCCUGCCUGACGGGCCCGGAACAGGAUCCCAGACCCGUGUAUAUCAACUAUCACGGUGGAGGCUGGGUUUUUGGCGGAUUAGCGAACGACAAUGACUUCUGUAAAAGGUUAGCUCUUGAAGUGGGAUGCGUUGUGUUUGACAUCGAUUACCGGCUUGCGCCAGAAUUCAAGUUCCCCAUUCCGCUUGACGACUGCUGGGUAGCUCUGAACUGGAUUCGUAACGAGAAGUCAAAGCAGUUCAAUUUGGACCUGCAAAAUAUGGCGGUGGGAGGAUCAUCAGCCGGUGCCCAUCUCGCUGCAAUCGUGGCCCACAUGUGUCGCAACGAAGCCAUCCCUCUCGCCUUCCAACUGCUUGGCGUCCCGGUCUGCGACCUGCAUGUCUUCACACCUGAAGGAGAGUUGAAGGAAGAUUGCCCGUAUAACUCGCAGCGCGAGAUGUACUACACACAGCCGCUGCCCGUGGAGCGGCUGCAGUUUUUCCACAGACAUUUUCUUGGCAAUCCAAGGCCAGCUGAACUCGAGAACAGCUGGAAGGUCUCACCAAUACGAUCGCCAGAUUUCACCGGCUUAGCCCCUGCCUUGAUACUCGUGGCCGAGAUGGACCCAUUAAGGGACGAAGGCAAGGCCUACGGAAAGAAGAUGAAUGAUGCUGGGUCCAGGGCCGAAGUGAUCCAGGUCCAGGGAGUACCGCACAGCUUCAUGCAGAUGGACGCGAUUUUAGAGGGAGCCAAGCUUUACAAUAGAGAGUCCAUUCGGGCUUUACGUCAAGCCUUCCAUUUGGACUGA